GAGAACUUGUGCGCCUUGUGUGGCGUAAUAAAGGUGACAGGAAAAAAAGAAAACGUCAGUGACAGCGCCAGUCAGCCAAUGUUAUUAACUGUAGACUUAAAUACAAAUAGCCAUGUGGAAGGUUUUGUAUAAAAGCAAGACAGCGAAAUACGGGGUCCCUAUGUUGUUACUCGUAGUUGGUGGAUCAUUUGGACUGCGAGAGUUUACUCAAAUUCGAUACGAUGCUCAGAAGAUUCAAAGAAAGCUUGAUCCCACUCUGGAGGCAAAAUUGAAGGCCAAAACCAACAAAGUGACUCUGGAGUCAGAGUAUGAGAAACUGAAAGACGCUAACAUGUCUGACUGGAAGAAUAUCCGAGGACCAAGACCAUGGGAGAAUUCACGGGAGUAUCAAGAACAGCAGCGUGCUAUGCAGAGAGAUAUACCAGAGAAAGGAUUGUAGACAAAUCAACCUUAAUUUUGUCAUCUUCUAAAUAAUGAUGAGAUGGAAGUUAAGUUCCGUGCUACUGAAUACAAUAUGAUCAGUUUCUUUGAAGUGUGGUCUUAGAGGUAGGAACAAGAUUGUUUCAAAUGGUUUAAGAAACUGAUCAGGCAACAAAACAAGGUGAUGACUAAUCUACCUUAGCAUUACAUUAUGACUUUUGAUAAAUGGACAAAGGGAGACACUGAGUAUAAAGAAACUUAGAUUUUAAAAACAGGAAAAUGUUCACUUUUGUUUUGUCCUAGUACCCUGUUUAGCUUAAAGGAAUGUAGAUGUUUGCUUGUGUAAAAUGUACUCAGAAAAUCUUGUUGAUGAAAUAAAUGAUGAAUAAAUUGGCCAGUUGUGCCAAAGACUGAAAAA